AUGAUGAAUUAUGAGAGGUUUUUUUGAAUUCCUGAAAACAUAGUAGUUUUCCGGUUGCAGAAAUCGCAUGCAUCUUUUCAAUCAGCCCCCAGUACCCGCACUACCGUAUCACAGACCGACAGAUCAGCGCCCAUUGAGAAAACCGCUUCUUGAGACUCCAAUGAAUGAUUUUGUCAGGCAGACCUUAAUGAACAGUAUGGUAUACUCAAUUUACCGCUCUUGCUCCCUCGGUGUUCGCGUACUCAAGCCUAAUUUCAGAAAAUUUUGCUUGAGUCUUCAAACACCGACGGGCAAUAGCGAUGAAUUGAGUUUAGUGCUUGACUCCUACUCUUAAUUCACCGCCCUUGCCCCCUCGGUGUUUGCGUACUCAAGCCUAAUUUCAGAAAUUUUGGCUUGAGUCUGCAAACACCGAGGGGCAAGAGCGGUGAGUUGAGUUCACUGUUAAGAGUUCCUCUUCAGAUGCCCAUGUUCCUGGACUACGUACUGGUCUACAACUCCGUAAAGCUAAGCAGCAAGAAAAUCUUAUAAGGACACCGGCAGCAAAUGAAAAAUUUAAUGUCAAGCCAAUGGUGGUGAACGUUUCAGUACUUUCUCACAAGAUUGAACUGCGAUGGGAAAAUCCGACACCAACCAGUAUGAAUCUCUUAUUUUAUCCAAUUCAACAAAAAAUUUUAGGAGACAUUAAAUAUAUUAUAACUUGCGAACAAGUCAAAACAAAAUUGAUAACUUUAUUUGAAAAGCCAUCAACAUCCGCGAUGUGUGAGCUCCAAGUCACAGCCGGCGACACUUACCAUGUAGAUUUAGAAUGCUGCUGUCUUGACAACGGAAUGCCUAUCGCAAAGUGGUCUCGUGAAAUUCGUGCAGGUACUCUAUAAACUAAAAAUUUUUUUAAAUACAACGUUUUCUAGAAUUCAGCUAUAGCGAAUUAAAGCUUCUCCUGCAAAAGUGCUAUAAUUUCAUCGGUGGUGGUGGGAAAAAAGAUCCUCAAAUGCACGAGUUCUGUGUAGUUUACCGAUGCAAGCCUAAGGUCUACUGGGACGAAAUCCAUCACUACUGUAAUGACGUCAUGCAAAAAUACAUCAAAGAUGACAACGGUCAACCUGGAAACCUAAUCAAUGGAAAGAUCAACGGUCUUUUCUUCUCAGCACGACUUCUACCUGACCUCACUUUACCUCAAUUCUCGCCAUUCGGAAAUGUGAGAAUGAUUAUCAACGCAUUUCCGCUGUUGAACCCAGAACGUCACAAUUUCUAUUUUGCUGAUUUCUACUGUAACAAGAACAUUCAUUACGUUACUGUCGUCAUUUGUGUCAUAGACUCUGACACUGACAUCUACUGUCGUGACCGUCUGAUUAGACUGAAUCCGCUCUCGAAUCCUUUUGUCAAGCUAGUUCCACCCCCGGAUCGCUUUGGACCAUGGCGAUUUUAUGUCAAUUACACCUUAUGGGUCGAACUUUACUAUACCGAAGACAUACAACUGAACAUGGGACAGUUCUCAGCAAUUAUGGCUACUGGAGCUGGAACUUCGAAAAUUGGUGGUCUGCCGAAUAACAAAGCGUGCAGCUUGUGCAAUUUGUAUCCACAUCGCAAAAAUAUCAAGAGAGAAAUUAUUACUCCGGAAGAGAUGAAGAAUGCGUCGAUCAGCACUGAUUCCACAUUGGCGACAAUAUUGCGAGAAAACAAGCCUGUUGAUUCUGGAGUGCUCGACGUUCUCUGUUAUUUGAUAGACAGAGUGGAAGAGAGAUGCAUAUCAGUGGAAGAACUGACUGCCAAGACAGAUAAGGACUUGGUUGAAGCGGUUGAGAAGAUGAAUAAAGCGGUUUCUUCAUCAAAUAAGCUGAAGACGUCGAUGGAAUCCUUCUUGAAUGGGAUAGCCACUAAUUUGAAUCAGUUUGUCGAAAGUUUCCAAAGGUACUUGCGUGAUACAUUGAAUUUGAAAAAGUGUUUGACUUUCAGACGCCGUGACAAUAUAAUUGAAGACGUCAAAAAACUGAGAAACGAUUCAGCUUAA